UCGCGCCUGUCACAAUCUGUUAUAAACACCUCAUUUUUCAUACCUCUCCCCGUUUUUCUUUUUUAUUCCGGUGACCGUUUUACCUUAAGGUUCGCCAGUCUUCAUGCCGGGCUUUGGGAGUAUUCCGCUUUCUUAAUCGGUGUGUGUUGAGUGUAUUUGCUGUGGCAGAGGACAUUCCUGCUGCAUGUGUCCUUUACUCAAAGGUCUGUCCAGUUUCUACCGCCUGUGGUGCCUGUAAUGGGCCAGAAGUCCCAAAGAGCACAAGCAUUAUUUUAUUUUUAAUCAGAGUUUUUACUCUGCUACGCUCAGCAGCACCAUGUUUUGGAAGUUUGAUCUGCACUCGACGUCCCACAUCGACACGCUUCUGGAGAAGGAUGACGUUACUCUGACCGAGGUGAUGGACGAGGAGGACGUCCUGCAAGAGUGCAAGGCUCAGAACCACAAGCUCGUGGACUUCCUGGUGAGGCCGCAGUGCAUGGAGGAUCUGGUGGUCUACAUCACCCAGGAGCCGAACGAUGACGUGGAGGAGAAGAUCAAAUAUAAGUAUCCCAACAUAUCCUGUGAACUCCUGACCUCAGACGUUGGCCAGAUCAACGAUAGGCUGGGUGAAGAUGAAAGUUUACUGAUGAAACUCUACAGCUUCUUACAGAACGAGCCUCCGCUCAACCCACUGCUGGCCAGUUUCUUCAGCAAAGUCUUGAGCAUACUUAUUGGGAGAAAACCAGAGCAGAUCGUGGAGUUCCUCAGGAAGAGGGAAGACUUUGUGGAUCUGAUGAUCAAACACAUAGGGACCUCGGCUAUUAUGGACCUCCUGCUCAGGAUGCUCACCUGCAUUGAGCCACAGCAGCUUAGACAAGAUGUAUUAAAUUGGCUAAAUGAAGAGAAAGUUAUACAGCGGCUGGUUGAUAUGGUACAGCCAUCACAAGAUGAGGAUAGACACUCAAACGCGUCCCAGUCGCUAUGUGAGAUCAUUCGGCUGAGCAGAGAUCAAAUGUUCCAGGUCCAGGGCAGCUCGGAGCCUGAUCCCCUGCUGGCCACUCUAGAGAAGCAAGAGACAGUAGAGCAGUUGCUGUCAAACAUCUUUGACAAAGAGAAGAACGAGUCUGCCAUAGUCAGUGUAAUUCAGAUUCUUCUAACCCUCUUUGAAACACGGAGACCAGCAUUUGAAGGCCAUCUGGAAAUUUGCCCCCCUGGAAUGAACCAUCCGUCGUUCUCCGUCAAUCAGAGCAUUCUAGAUGCCGUCAGACCCAGACUUAAAGAUUUUCACCAGCUUUUGCUCGAACCCCCAAAGAAAACUGUCUUGAACACCACAUGGGGAGUGUUGGAUCCACCAGUGGGAAAUACUCGUCUUAAUGUGGUGCGACUAGUGACCAGCCUUCUACAGACCAACACGCAUAUCAUCAACCAGGAGCUCAUCGCCCUCAACACAUUGGGAGUCAUACUAGACAUGUACUUUAAAUACUUAUGGAAUAAUUUCCUGCACACACAAGUAGAAAUCUGUACAGCGAUGGUCUUAGCGAUGCCUUCAACCCAAAGUGAAUCUCCCGAAAUCAACAGAGAAAACGACCAAGAGCCCAUACGAGAAAACAUCCUUAUCAAACAUCUCUUUCAGAAGUGCCAGUUAAUACAAAGAAUUCUUGAUGCCUGGGGAUCAAACGACAAGGAGCAGACUGAGGGUGGGCGACGGAGAGGUUACAUGGGUCACCUGACCAGAAUAGCAAAUUCUAUAGUGCACAACAGUGACAAGGGCCCCAAUGGGUCACAAAUUCAGCAGCUCAUCUCAGAGCUUCCAGAGGAGGACAGGGAACGAUGGGAAGCCUUUACUUCAGGACAGCUAGCAGAUACAAACAAGAAAAACACUGUAGAUUUAGUCAACACACACCACAUACACUCAUCUAGCGACGAUGAAGUCGAUUUCAAAGACAGUGGGUUUCAUCAGGACUCCUCUUUACAGCAAGCCUUUUCUGAUUAUCAGAUGCAACAAAUGACGUCCAAUUUUAUUGAGCAGUUUGGCUUCAAUGACGAAGAGUUUGCCGAUCAGGACGAUGUCGGGGAUAUUCCCUUUGAUAGAAUAUCAGACAUCAAUUUUUCCUUGAAUACAAAUGAAAGUGCAAACGUGGCGCUCUUUGAGGCUUGCUGUAAGGAAAAGAUCCAGCAGUUUGAAGAUGCCGGCUCAGAUGAGGAGGAUAUUUGGGAUGAGAAAGAUGUCACUUUCGCCCCCGAAGCUCCGCGACGUCCCAGGAGCUCGGGAAGUACAGAUAGCGAGGAGAGUACAGACUCUGAGGAGGAGGACGGGAAGCGAGACCCAUUCGAGUCCACAAACGCCACCUCAGAUGACAGAAUGGAAGUGGAUUCUGGGGAUGGAACGGUAUGGACGGCAAAUUUUGAUGACAUCCCAAUGGACACAGGCAGCUCCACGGCUCCCAGCGCACCAGUGUCUAACUCAACGGCUUCAGUGCCUGAAUCUACAGGCUGGAGCUCUCCAAACGCCUCUGGAGAUGGAGAAACGGGCUGGGCAGACUUCUCCAGCUUCACACCUGUCAGCCCUAAGGAUCCCUUGAGGUGCAAUUCCCCUGUAGCCAUGGAGACCAGCAUAGAGACGGUGGACCCUCUGGGAGUCAAUGCGCCUAUGCAGCAAGAAAAUACAGAUCAGUGGCUUCCCAAUGAGACCACUCCAACUUCCCCCAGAGGGAAAACAGGGGACGCCUCUGACCCCGAAGAAGAGCCUGUCAGUGACCGCAUCACAGAAACAGUCACCAACGGCUCUAUGAAGGAGACGGUCAGCCUUACUGUAGACGCCAAAACUGAAACUGCUGUUUUCAAAAGUGAGGAAGAGAAACAGUCUACCUCUGAAGACGCAUCUGCAAAGUUGUUUGUUGCAGAGAGUGGGGACGCGGAGAAGAGCAAUUGUCCUUCUAGCAACUGUCAGAAACCAGGUCUAAAGCACUUAGAGAAAGCAAAAUCCCCUUGCGAAGCUCUAAAUGGUCCUCUCGAGGAUGCGGCCGAUAUGGACGAAGCCAAAUCAGAGCAGUGCACGGCCAACCCAGAGGCAGCAGUGAACGGUCCAGCAUGAUGAGUCAGUCCACUCCUGUCCCGCACACACACCCGGAGAGACCAGUGCUAGACUGGAGCCCCCAUUUAAAAAAAUAAAAUAAAAUAAAAAACACACCACCAACAACACCAACACCGCCGCUGCUGCUGAAUUACUCCAGCACUGCACUGACGCCACCAGAUCAGGACCAGCAAUAUUCAUAUUAGACAGUUGUACAGAGAAAUUUGAACUGUUAUGAAGAGAAACAUACUCUAAUGAUCUUUUUUUUUUUUUUUGCAUUUGUUUAUAUACUAUUGUUCUUAUGAGGUGAUCUGUCUGACAUCUUGCCACUUAAAAGUGAAUAGUAAUGUUGCUAUAGUUAAUGAUUGUAUGAAUAAAACAAAACAAAUAUUUUAUAACAGACAAAUGUAUACAGAAACAGAGGAUUGAUAAAGAAGAAAUACACCGAUUGGAAGUGUGACCAAAACAUAAGCUGUCUUUUUGAUAGGAUUUUUGUCCUCUUGCACAAUAACAACAUGAAAAAAAAAAAAACACGUAUUUAAUUUCCAACCCAAGGCAAAGCGGAGCGAUGUUAGAUUGGCAAAUUGGUCUGUUUUAUUCUGAGGUCUUUAUUAUUAUUAUUAUUAUGAGGAACUGAUUUGAGAUAUUCAGAAUUCAUUUAUUUUGCCACCGCUGUUAUUUGUAAAUGUUUCUUGUAUCCUUUCAACAUGAGCAAGAUUUGGACAAAAGACGUUUUUUGGUAUAGUUUUUAACUUAAUUUAUUCUCAGAGAGACGGUAUGUUACGUACAUGCUCCCCCUUUCCCUCGAUGAAAUGCAGAUCUGGGGUGAAUGACUGAAAAGGAAAAUGGGUCUCCGUUUGCAUGUAGCUAGUAGGAGUGAUUCUUACCUGCGGGCCUGCAUUAAAACAGCCCAACUUUUUAUAACUGUUCUCCUCUCCAAACGAGUCAACCUUUCUACCUGAAGAGUGAUGGGAAUGCCACAUAUUCCUGGUAAUGCUACAAUGAUCAUGCAUCGACUUUUUUUUUUUUUCUUUUUUGUAAUAAAAACGCUAUCUGUGCCAGCAAGAAGGGAAAA